AUGCGAGGGAGCGUGUUGCUCUACUAUCGUAACAGCUUGCAAUGCAAGCAAAUUGAGUACCCGUUUGCUGCUUUAGAUAAAUUGGAGCUAACGCAACAAGAUAUCGAUUAUAUCGGCGUAGUUUGUCGCCCUCCUUCGUCAGAAGAUUCAUCAAAUGAGAAUUUGUUGCAAACAAUGUCUUACUUCUUGUCAUUGAAUUUCACCCACGUUCUUGUUAUGGGCGUCUUCAACUGUCCAAAGCUGAGCAAAGUGACUACAUCGAGUACGCCAUUUGAACGACAGUUGAAGCAGUUUCUCCAGUCACAUUCGUUGUACAAUCAUGUGAAGGAACUCAUCACGUUAGGAAUCAACCAAAUUUCGUCAACUUUGGAUCAAGUACUGACAAAUGGAGAAUUGAUGGUCGAAUCAAUUGCAAUCGCAACUCCGUUGGGAGCAGUGAUCACGCUAUAUUUUUGUUCGAUUACGUUUGCUAUGCAUCUCUAA